AAUGCCUUCGCUUCGCUUCUCAGGAAGUGCGCGAAUGCCUCUCCGCUCUGGAAAAUGAGGAGGCGACGGUUUCUCACGGAACACAAUCGCAUCAGAUAACCGGACGUUUUAUGAAUGUGAAGAUGGAGGGUCGAGGAACGGGUCUACCAUGGGGAAAACUGGUGAAAGUGGGCUCCUGUGAAUCUGAAGUUCUGCUAAUCAAAAAGCAGUACACGAUUGGCCGGAGAAAAGGAUGUGAUUUAUCCUUCCCUGCCAACAAGCUGGUCUCAGGGGAACACUGCAAAAUUGUACAAUAUGAGAACUCAGGGAUGGUGUGGCUGGAAGACAUGAGCACCAAUGGCACUGUGAUCAACAUGUCUAAACUGGUCAAGAAGCAGUUACACAUGGUGCAGAAUGGAGAUGUCAUCCACUUUGUGUACCGGAAGAACGAGCCAGAGCAAAACAUUGCUUACGUCUACCAUUCCAUAAAGCCGGAGCUGGGUGUUUCGCAGGAUGCGUGUGGUGCUGUAUCCCGAGGUGGCGUCGUGGCGCUGGGGGGCUUCCACGCCCGCGCUGCCUCCCCCUCUGACCUCUGUCUCUCCGUGGAGCCCGUGUUGCUGAGCAGUGCCCCGCGGGAUCUGUCCCGGGAGGACCCGCAGCCCUCCACCUCCGCCGCCCUCCUGCACAUCGAGGGCUCCGCCGGCCCCGCCGCCCCGGCCAGGGUCACCCCACCCCACGGGGCCUCCCCUGCCCACGGGCUAUCGACCGUCACAGUCCCCUCGCAGGACAACACAGACGCCAUGGAGCCAGAGAGGAAAAGGAGGAAGACCACUAACGAUACGGCCCUCCCCCACACUUCAAGCUCCGCCCCCAGCGGCCCUGGCCCCGCCCCCAGUGGCCCCGCCCCCAGUGGCCCCGCCCCCAGUGGCCCCGCCCCCAGUGGCCCCGCCCCCAGUGGCCCCGCCCCCAGUGGCCCCGCCCCCAGUGGCCCCGCCCCCAGUGGCCCCGCCCCCAGUGGCCCCGCCCCCAGUGGCCCCGCCCCCAGUGGCCCCGCCCCCAGUGGCCCCGCCCUGGGCCUCCUGCGGGACCUCCUUGGCAGGAAGGCCCUGGCAGUGGAGGCCAAGACGGACAAGAUGGAGGACUCCCUGACCUGCAUCAUCUGCCAGGACCUUCUGCACGACUGUGUCAGCCUGCAGCCCUGCAUGCACACGUUCUGCUCCGCCUGCUACUCCGGCUGGAUGGAGCGCUCCUCCCUUUGUCCCACCUGCCGCUGCCCCGUGGAGAGGAUCCGCAAGAACCACAUCCUCAACAACCUGGUGGAGGCCUACCUCAUCCAGCACCCAGAGAAGUGCCGUAGCGAGGAGGACCUGAAGGGAAUGGACAGCCGUAACAAGAUAACUCAGGACAUGCUGCAGCCCAAGGUGGAUCGGUCUCUCUCCGACGAGGAGGGCAGCUCGGAUUAUCUGUUUGAGUUCUCAGACAACGACAGCGAUUGGUCGGACAACAGCCAGCCGUUUGUGGUGUGCAGACAGUGUCCGGGGUACAGGAAGGAGGGGGCUCAGGACCCGUUCACCACAGGCUCCAGCGUCUCGGUGUACCCCCGGUCAGCCACUCUCCUCGGCCCCGGCCCGCUGCCACCGCUGGGGGCGGCGGCGGCGGCGGCGGCGGCAGCCGGAGCAGCCGGGCCGGAGCCCAAGGAGGAGGGAGGAGGGAAGCCAGCCGCAGAGCAGCCCUCCACCUCUGCAGACGGCCCCGCCGACCCAGUCCAGGAGUACCGCUGCUCCCCACAAGGCUCCCAUGUCAUCUGCUCCUGCUGCCUGCAGGCCAUGCCCGACCGACGCUCCGAGCCAGGGAGCCAGCAGCACGCUGUCCAGCAAUGUGGAGUUUGCCAGAGGCCUUUCUGUCACAUGUACUGGGGCUGUGAGAGGAUUGGCUGCCAGGGCUGCCUGGUCCGAUUCAGUGGGGUCAAUCUCCCAAACAAGUGCCUGGAUGGAGUGCUCAACAGCAAUAACUACGAGUCCGAAAUCCUCCAGAACUACCUGAGCUCCAGAGGCAUGUCCUGGAGGGAUGUGCUCCAGCAGGGACUGCAGGCCUUGGAGCAGGGAGCCUUCCAUCUGUCUGACUACCGCAUUUCUGGCAGCACAGUGCUGUGCUACUGCUGCGGCCAGCGCACCUUCAAGGAACUGGCCUACAGGUUCAGGCAGAACAUCCCAGCAUCUGAGCUGCCAGCUGCUGUUACAGCUCGUCCUGACUGUUACUGGGGGCGUAACUGCCGCACCCAGGUCAAGGCACAUCAUGCAGUGAAAUUCAAUCACAUAUGUGAGCAGACUCGCUUCAAGAGCUGAAGGAGCAGAGGGAUGGUUUCACUGACUCACAACAGGGACUGGACCUCUCUACAUUAGAAUGAGAUAAACCAUACACCUUUGCUGAAGUCGUGGAGCGCUCGCUGUCAGGAUUAGUGGUUGUUAUGUUUUUGUUUUUGUUAGAUGUGUAGGUUAGGGGGCAGGUUUAAUGCUUCCCCAGGGAAUGGCCCGUCGCAAAACAUUACAAUCAAAGCAGGAGUAAGCAUCAAUGUUACAUGUGGAUUUUUAAUGCGACACAUGGUUGUCUAGAACACAGCUAUGCACAGUGCUUAACGGUUAAAUCUGCUACUGAGGCCUGGCCAAGUGACCAACAGCUGCUGUUAUUAAAAAAAAAACACAACCAGAGUUGAAACCCCGCAGCAAAACUUGUGGUGAAUUGUAGCAGCAGCCACUGAUUGGUUGGUUUUAGCAGCUUACGUCAUCAGUGGAGGACACAGUCGCUAUCUGGCUUUAUCCUAGCCAUGUUCAUAAAAGCAAAACAAACUGCAAUAUUCUAUCUCAAUUCAGAGCGAGUAAAGCAAUCUGCAAUGGAUUAAGGCCAUAGACUGUAUCUGUGUGUUGAAGUAUGCUAAUGAUACGCAUAAUAUGUAUAUAAUUCCUCAUUUUAUAUAGAUAUAUAGUUUCCCAUCUAUCUGUGCCUGAAUAGCUAUAGCUUAAAAGGCAAUACCCCGGAGUUGACUUUCUUUAUUUUGAUAAUUGCAGUUUCCAGGGCUUUCUGUGAACAUUGAGACGUGUUCAUAUGUUGGGUCGAUAUUCGCUUGACAUGCACACCUUCUCUAUGCACUUCCAGAAGGCUGGAAGUCCAUUUAAACUGCUGGCUCUCAUACAGCAUGUAUGGCCAUGUGUCUAAAAUGUUGUGUUGGUUUGUAAGGGAUUACCCCCCCCUCCCCACCUCACCAAGGUUUUACAAGGAACGGGACUUUCCCAAGGCAGAGGUGAGACUCCCCCCCACCCCAAUCCCUCUAAUGCAUAAUAGGGUAGAUGGGAAUCCCAUGUGAUUAUUGUGUAGGAUUUCAUGUCUGUGGGAGGUUUUAUCAGGGAAGGAUUGUUGUAGUGCUUUGCUUUCUGAGGGAACUGACCCUGGCCUCCGUGAGAUGCUUUGCUGGGGAUAAUCAACCUCAAGCUGAUUAAGGCCAGUGUAUUAAAGACGGUUCUCUAAGACCCUUGUAGUAAGGGAUGAGGGCAACCUGGUGUUCAAUGCACAAUGGUUGGAUGGCGAAUGUACGCGUAUCUUGCUUUCGAAGCACUGAACUUUAGAUUUUUUGUCUUAAUUGGUUUGUUUACUGUUGCCAUUUCGCUCCUAUAAGUUUAUGUGUUUAGCCACGUUUUGAAAGUUGGUUUAAGGUUUUUAAGGAAACUGGAAUUGAUAAUGUGCCAAUAUACCCGUUUAAGGUAAAUAUUUUCCUACGGCUUGUUGACCCUUGAGUAUUACCUUGCUAAAUUAGGGCUCAAUCUUUUGUAAUAUUGUGGUUUUAUUUUCUGUGAUUAGGCAAUGCGAAAAUCUAGAGUCUAUACUUCUAUUAAAUUCAAUAAUUGCUAUAUAUUAAUGAGAGUUUUCGGUUGCCAAUGUAACCAGGGUGAACAACGUUCUCCAUGUUGAAGAGCAAUUAAACUUUAAAUUAAAAUGGCAAUUAAAUGCUAUCCAAUCAGUGGUCCUGGAGUGGGGUUUUCCCCACUCAAAUAUAAUGUAAGCGCAACGUUUACUUGAACUACUGCUUGGUAAAUCACCUUGUUUUAUUUUUUUGGGUUGGGAUCUCCAAGGGCCAGCCGUUGUUCUAAAAGGCUUUCAUAUUGAAAUACGGUUUUGAUUGAGUUAAGAUAAAGUUUGGUUAAUUUUAGAGAAAUUGUGUGUAGACCAUACGGAGGGAAGUUUUUGUGUAAAUCAUUGCUUUUGAUUUUUACUGUCUUGUGAAUUAGAGGGUAGCAAGUUUUUGAAUGUGUACAAUGUUAAUCUGCAAUUUUCUGUCUGUAGAUUCUUGGUUAAGAGGUCUUGCUUGCAAACUUUGUUUACCUGCGAUUUUUCUUUUUAUUUAUUUUUGCACUCACUUUUUUUCUUAUUGUUUCUCUUCGAUUCACUAUCAUUAUAAAACCUGGUACAUACGUACUCUUUGAAGCAUUUAUAAUGAAUACAUCAGUCUUAGUACUGCCCAACAUCCAGAUUUAGGAUUGGUUGAAUUUCUUUACUAGAGUUUAGUUUUUGUCCAACGCUUACACAUUUUUCCUGCUUCCUUAUUACCUUGAUCAAUAAUGUGGGAUUGGACAGCCGGGCUAUGGAAGAAAGCUCUAAAUAAAAAGGCUUCCACCACAUUAGACACUCCACCUCCUUGCUGCAACUGCCGGGUGCGAGAGUCACCCUUUUGUAGAUCAUUCCCAACAUAACAGAAUACACAAUUCCCCCCCCCCCCCCCAGCUUCAGUCUGAGUGUUGAGUUCUGGUAGGUUGACGUGUUUUGAGUCAUGUAUCAUGAAUACUUAUUCCCCGCCCCCCCCGGUUAGUGGUGGUCCUUUUCUCACUGGCAUUCCUGAGCAGCUCAGGCCGUCGACACACACAGGCCCUGUCGAAUCCCCCCCCGACCCCUCCGGAGACCCAGAGGGGUUCUGUUUAAUGACCCUCUCACGGGAGGAGAUCUGGGCCCACUAAUAAGCAGUCCCAAGCCACCUCCGACAGGAAUGGAGCUUUAAAGAGGCUUUGCAACUCACCACUGCUCCCCCUCCCUGGGUACUCGUUCUCCAGGCCAGUGGAACACACUUUGAAGCAGGUUGCAUUCUACCUCAUUACAAGGAUGUGUGGCACAGGGUGCAUGCACGGCAGUAUUUACUGUCGCUCACACACAAAACAUGACACAAUUCUUUUUCUUUUUUUUUCUAAAUAUAUAUAUACAAGCAUUUGUGUUUUAAUAGAUGUAGCGAGGGGAUGUUAAUUUGGUGUUCUCCAAUUUCAUUUGAUUACUGUUGUUUCUCCCCCUCCCCCCCCCCUUAAAGGCUUAGGAGUUAAAGGCAAAUCGCAAUUGGCUUACUGUAUUUGGCACUGGUGUUAUGACUAGUUAGUAUACAGUGUAUUGGCCACCCAGGAAUCUCGAUGCAAAGGAUCCAACAUGCCUCUUGGUCUGCACUAAUAAAAACAUUUAAAAAUACUG